AAAUCCAGCAAGUGUCAGAUAAUUGGAAGGGUGGAGUGAGGCUGCAAACCACGGCACACCUUUGUCAGGACUUGUUUUUGAAGCAAAGCGCUGAAGGAAACGGGAGGGAGAGAAGAAGCGAACAUUUUUGAAAGAUCACUCAGCUUUAACACACCUUGACUGGGUCUGGAUAAAAAAAAAAUAGUGCCACGGCAAACGUCUAGAAGAAAAGCAUCUGAGGAAGAAAGAGAGAGAGGGUGUCUGCUUGAAGCUUUUUCCAGUUCCUCCAGACUCCAAGCCAGGUGGCUAUGGGAUGGAUGUGACCAAGAAAAGCAUGCGAGAUGGCACUGAAGUCACUGAGAGAAUUGUCACGGAAACAGUAACCACAAGACUCACAUCCUUACCACCAAAAGGGAGCACCAGCAAUGGAUACCCUAAGACAGGCUCUCUGGGUGGAGGAAGCCGGCUAGAGAAACAAAGCUUGACCCAUGGAAGCAGUGGCUACAUCAACUCAAGCGGAAGCCUCCGAGGCAACGCUUCCACCUCCAGUUACAGGAGAGCUCACUCACCUGCCUCGACCCUGCCCAACUCUCCCGGCUCCACCUUUGAAAGGAAAACUCACAUGAGCCGCCAUGGAACUUACGAAGGGAGCUCCAGUGGCAACUCCUCGCCUGAGUAUCCACGGAAGGAACUCGCCUCUUCUUCAACCAGAGGACGAAGCCAGACACGAGAGAGCGAAAUUCGAGUUAGACUACAGAGUGCAUCGCCAUCCACCAGAUGGACAGAGCUGGAUGAGGUGAAGCGCUUGCUGAAGGGGAGCCGAUCCGCCAGUGCGAGCCCCACCAGGAACACCUCCAACACACUCCCCAUCCCCAAGAAAGGCACCGUAGAAACCAAAACGGUGACAGCGAGCUCCCACUCAGUGUCAGGAACCUAUGAUUCGACAAUACUGGACAGCAACUUUCCCCCCCACAUGUGGUCUUCCACCUUGCCGGCGGGGUCCUCCAUGGGGACCUAUCACAACAACAUAGCGACCCAGAGCACAUCCCUCGUCAACACCAAUGCCUACUCAGCAGGGUCAGUCUUUGGAGUGCCAAAUAACAUGGCGUCCUGCUCUCCCACCCUGCACCCGGGACUCAGCAGCUGCUCCUCAGUGUUUGGCAUGCAGAACAAUCUGGCCCCCUGCUCUUCUGUCCUCUCCCAUGGCACAACCACCGCUUCCACAGCAUACGGUGUGAAGAAAAACGUGUCCCAGCCACCCACUGUCACCAGCACCGGCGUGUCCACCUCUGCCGCCUGCACCACCAGUGUCCAGAGCGACGACCUCUUGCAUAAAGACUGCAAGUUCCUGAUUCUGGAGAAAGACAACGUGCCCGCCAAGAAGGAGAUGGAGCUCUUGAUCAUGUCCAAGGACAGUGGGAAGGUCUUCACUGCCUCCCCCGCCAGCAUCUCUUCAACGUCUUUUUCAGAGGACACCCUGAAAAAGGAGAAGCAGGCUGUGUAUGCCGCUGACACAUGUCUAAAGGCAGAUGUGAACGGAGACCUAAACACUGUGUCUACGAAGAGCAAAGCCAUCUCGGCAGAAAACCACAGCUACGACCGAGGUGUCGGUGGUGGCAGAGGCAAAAGCGGAGUCGCGGGCGGUGGUGGUGGUGGUGGUGGCGGCGGCGGUGGAACAUGGGGGGCUGCACCUGCCUGGUGCCCCUGCGGCUCCUGCUGCAGCUGGUGGAAGUGGCUGCUGGGCCUGCUGCUCACUUGGCUGCUGCUGCUGGGUCUGCUCUUCGGCCUCAUUGCCCUGGCGGAGGAGGUAAGGAAGCUGAAAGCUCGCGUGGAGGAGCUGGAAAAGACCAAGGUGCUAUAUCAUGACAUCGUCAAGACGGACCGAAGCAGCAGGGACCGCCUCCAGGGUGAGGCACCCAGCCUGGGACCUGGAUUAAGCAAGGCUGACAUGGACGGCUACGGCCAGGAGGCCAUCUGGCUGUUUGUAAGGAACAAGCUGAUGACAGAGCAGGAGAACGGAAAUCUCAGAGGAAGUCCUGGUCCAAAAGGUGACACGGGGAGUCAAGGACCUAAAGACCGAGGCCUUCCUGGGAUCCCAGGUACCCCUGGGCCCCUGGGCCACCCCGGCCCGGAAGGACCAAAGGGACAAAAAGGCAGCAUUGGAGAUCCAGGCAUGGAAGGACCCAUAGGCCAGAGAGGACUAGCAGGCCCCAUGGGACCUCCUGGUGAACCUGGACCUCCUGGGUCUGGAGAGAAAGGAGACAGAGGGAUUGCUGGAGAACAAGGUCCUCGGGGUCUUCCCGGUGUCCCGGGUUCUCCGGGUCUCAGAGGUACCAGUGGCUCUCCUGGACCCCAGGGCCCCCCAGGCUCUGUGGGUCCCCAAGGGCUCCGAGGUGAAGUGGGACUUCCGGGUGUCAAAGGUGACAAAGGACUCGUGGGACCACCAGGACCCAAAGGUGACCAGGGUGAGAAAGGACCCAGAGGCCUCACAGGGGAGCCUGGCAUCCGAGGUCUGCCUGGAGCUGUGGGUGAACCUGGAGCCAAAGGAGCAAUGGGUCCCGCUGGCCCCGAUGGACAGCAAGGUUCCAGAGGUGAACAAGGCCUGACCGGGAUGCCUGGAGCCCGGGGCCCACCAGGACCCACCGGAGACCCAGGGAAGCCAGGUCUCACAGGACCCCAAGGACCUCAGGGACUUCCUGGUACCCCUGGCCGACCAGGGACUAAAGGUGAACCUGGCGCUCCAGGCAGAGUCAUGACUUCAGAGGGAUCCUCAGCAAUCACUGUGCCGGGACCUCCCGGACCUCCUGGUGCCAUGGGACCCCCAGGACCUCCAGGGACUCCGGGUCCGGCUGGCCCUGCUGGUCUCCCAGGACAACAAGGCCCACGAGGGGAGCCGGGACUUGCUGGGGACUCCUUCCUAAACAGUGGCAGUUCCAUCUCCGAAGUCCUCUCUGCCCAAGGUGUUGACUUACGAGGUCCCCCUGGCCCACCUGGCCCACGAGGGCCACCAGGGCCUUCCAUUCCAGGCCCACCAGGACCCAGAGGCCCACCAGGGGAAGGCGUACCAGGCCCACCCGGCCCACCAGGAUCCUUCCUGACUGACUCGGAAACCUUCUUCUCUGGCCCUCCAGGUCCACCUGGCCCCCCAGGUCCCAAGGGAGACCAAGGUGACCCCGGUGUCCCAGGCACUCCUGGCAUCCCUGGUGGUCUUUCUCAUGGGACGUCGUCAGGCACUAUGUACGCGCAGGGCCCACCUGGUCCCCCAGGACCUCCUGGGCCUCCAGGAUCUCUCAGCAGCUCCGGCCAGGAACUCCAGCGCUAUAUUGCAGAGUACAUGCAAAGUGACAACAUCAGGACUUAUCUCUCAGGAGUUCAGGGUCCCCCCGGCCCACCAGGUCCCCCAGGGCCUGUCAUCACCAUCACAGGGGAGACUUUCGACUACUCCCAGCUGGCAAGCCAGGUUGUGAGUUACUUGCGAUCAUCAGGCUAUGGUGUUGGCUUGUCCUCUGCCUCCUCCUCAGAAGAUAUCUUGGCCAUGCUGAGACGCAAUGAUGUGUGGCAGUACCUACGUCAGCACCUGGUGGGCCCUCCGGGUCCCCCGGGACCACCAGGAGUCAGUGGAGAUGGGUCCCUCCUGUCUUUGGACUAUGGAGAGCUAAGCAGACACAUUCUCAACUAUAUGUCAAGUUCUGGGAUCAGCUUUGGGCAUCCUGGACCACCGGGCCCCCCUGGCCUGCCAGGAACAUCCUAUGAGGAGCUACUGACCAUGCUCCGAGCUGCUGGUCUGUCCUCCAUCGCAGGCCCCCCGGGCCCCCCAGGUCCCCCAGGUCCUCGAGGGCCCCCGGGUGUGUCAGCAGCUCUGGCCACCUACGCAGCUGAGAACAGUGACAACUUCCGCAGCGAGCUGAUUAGCUACCUUACAAGUCCUGAUGUCCGCAGCUUCAUCGUUGGCCCUCCAGGUCCUCCAGGGCCACAGGGACCACCUGGAGACUACAACUGGGGUAGCGGCUCCUCAGCCAGAAGGGGCACUUCCUACAGCUCUUCCAUGGGCGCAGAGAGAACCAAUGGUGGCUCCCUGGGCGAAGGUGGAGCCUUCGGUGCAGGAGAUGGGGGCCCCUACGGCACUGACGUCGGCCCAGGCGGAGGCUACGGGGCAGCUGCAGGUGGUGGUGUAUAUGGCACCAAUGGUGAAUCAUUCCGGGGCAGCCUCACUGGAGACCUAGAUUAUAACACGCUGGCAUUGCGGGUGUCGGAGAGCAUGCAGCGUCAGGGUCUGCUACAAGGGAUGGCCUACACUGUCCAGGGUCCACCAGGGCCGCAAGGCCCUCCUGGCAUCAGCAAGGUCUUCUCUGCCUACAGCAACGUGACACAAGACCUCAUGGACUUCUUCCGAACAUACGGCACUAUCCCAGGACCCCCUGGGCAGAAAGGAGACGUGGGAACCCCAGGUCCCAAAGGUGACAGGGGCCCUGCUGGACCACGAGGUCCUCCGGGGCCCCCGGGGCCCCGAGGGAACAAAGGAGAGAAAGGGGAUAAAGGUGACCAAGUCUAUACUGGGAGGAGGAAGAGAAGUAUUGCCAUCAAGCCAUAAGCUGUACCGGGCAGAGCCACCAAGUUCCUGGACCAGUUCUUGGGCACCUAUGUCUAAGGGUCACCAUCCUGCUGAGACCAAGUCACCCAGCAACACGUGUUUUAGUCUGAAUGAAAUAUAUACAUACAGAAAACUCAAAGACACACAAUCAGAAACAGCUCCAUUGAUUGGGUGGACCUGCGGAAUAGCUGCAGUGUUUAAUAUGAGACUUAGCUUCUCUGCUAUAUAGAUCUGAGCUCCCUGGCUUCUUCAGCAUUUAGCUCAGGCCCCUGCCAGGCCUCAGAAGCCAGUUACUGAAAUGCUGGCUGUGGGAUCUUGGAGCUUUGCCUAAAAAUUAAGCCCAGAAAAUGGAAAAUGGGGAUGGGGACCUUUGUGGGUGACGCAUAAUGGGUUGGGUAAGUUACAAAGGCUGCUGUCAGCCCCUUCCUCCCCUGUCCGCUCUGCAUUCUCCAGUCACAGAGGUGGCUCUUGCAGCUAAAGAAACUCGGAAGGUCGCUUCCUCAGAGGCGGCGACAUUUCAGUUAUCAUGGUACGGACACUGAUCACCUUCCCAUGGGCUUACACGGUUUGACUGGUUGUAGCUGUGGCCCGUGUCCACAGGUACAUGCCAGAAGUAACAAUUAUGACACCACACUAGACCACAGCAGACAGGACAAGAGGGACAGUGGGCAAGGAAGAAAAGAGAGUAUAGAAUUCUUGACACUGGGGAAACAUGGCUUCCACACUCCCAUUCUGCACUAGGAAAUGGCAUAAAAGCCGGGGUACGGUGGGUUUUAAGCACUUUUCACUGUCUAAAACCACUUGUAUGUGAUCUGUAAGAUGAAAAAUCAUUUCAAUUGUAAAAUUUUCAAUUAAAAGGUUUUUUUUUCUUUUUUAA